CCGGAAUGGCCCGAGGGAAGGCCGGGCAGGCCAGGGCCCCAGAUGGUUCCUGUCGGGGAAGUCGCGGGCGCAGCUGCAGGCCUCCGGCCCUGGCAUUAUCACGGGGACACAGCUGGCUGCCUCGCCCACAGGCUGCAGGGAGACCUUCCCCCACCUGCAGCCCCAGGCCCGCCCCGAGUCACAUGAGCCCCAGGGCUCCCACCCCCUCCCCAGGGCCCAGGACACCCAGUCGGCAGCCAGCAGGCCCCGGCUUUCCAGGGACAGAGGCCCAACUCCAGGACACCCCAGCUGGCCCAGCCCCUCCUCCUUCGCUGGGGGCCCCAGGACGUCGGGAAAGGCAGUCCCGGAAGAGGCCUGUCCUGGGCCCCAGGCCGGCCCCUGAGGGUGGCCCUCCCCAUGCCGGCUCCAAGACUGAGGGACAGGUUGGCUGGUUCAGCCUCGGGGUCCACCUGCCGCUCCAUGUCCCAGACGCAGCCUGUGCUGGAGAGCGACCUCCUGGCAUCUGCCGGCUGCUCAGCGCCCCGGGGUCCCAGGAAGGGCGGCCCAGCCCCAGUGGACAGGAAGGCUAAGGCCUCAGCGAUGCCGGACUCCCCAGCGGAGGUGAAGACACAGCCUCGGUCCACACCCCCCAGCAUGCCGCCCCCACCGCCUGCUGCAUCCCAGGGAGCCACACGUCCCCCCUCCUUCACGCCACACACACAUCGAGAGGACGGGCCUGCAGCGCUGCCCCAAGGCCGUUUACACGGCUGCUUAAAAUGGUCCAUGGUCUGUCUCUUGAUGAACGGCAGCAACCCCUCGCCGACAGCCAUCAACGGCGCACCGUCCACACCCAACGGCUUCAGCGAUGGCCCGGCCACCUCGUCCACGGCCUCCCUGUCCACACAGCACCUGCCCCCGGCCUGCGGGGCCCGGCAGCUCAGCAAGCUCAAGCGCUUCCUCACCACCCUGCAGCAGUUUGGCAGCGACAUCUCCCCAGAGAUCGGGGAGCGCGUGCGCGCGCUGGUGCUGGGCCUGGUGAACUCGACGCUGACGAUCGAGGAGUUUCAUUGCAAGCUUCAGGAGGCCACCAACUUCCCUCUGCGGCCGUUUGUCAUUCCUUUCCUGAAGGCAAACCUGCCUUUGCUGCAGCGGGAGCUCCUGCACUGUGCCCGGCUGGCCAAGCAGACGCCGGCCCAGUACCUGGCCCAGCACGAGCAGCUCCUGCUGGACGCCAGCGCCUCCUCCCCCAUCGACUCCUCAGAGCUGCUGCUGGAAGUCAACGAGAACGGCAAGAGAAGGACGCCAGACAGGGCCAAAGAGAAUGGAUCAGACCGUGACCCGCUGCACCCCGAGCACCUCAGCAAACGGCCAUGCACCCUGAACCCUGCCCAGCGCUACAGCCCCAGCAACGGGCCGGCACAGCCCACGCCACCGCCACACUACCGCCUGGAGGACAUGGCCGUGGCCCACCACUUCCGAGACCCCUACCGCCACCCGGACCCCCAGGAGCUGCGGGAGCGCCAGCGGCCACUCGUGGUGCCUGGGUCCCGGCAGGAAGAAGUGAUCGACCACAAGCUCACAGAGCGUGAGUGGGCAGAAGAGUGGAAGCACCUCAACAACCUCCUGAACUGCAUCAUGGACAUGGUGGAGAAGACGCGGCGCUCGCUCACGGUGCUACGCCGGUGUCAGGAGGCGGACCGAGAGGAGCUCAACCACUGGGCGCGGCGCUACAGCGAUGCAGAGGGCGUGAAGAAGGGCCCCACUCCCGCCAGCGCCCGGCCCCGCAGCAGCUCUGCCGGCCCCGAAGGGGCUCAGCCAGACAUUCCCCGGGAGUUCCUGCCGAGGACCCUCACCGGUUACAUGCCUGAGGACAUCUGGAGGAAGGCGGAAGAGGCGGUGAAUGAGGUGAAGCGCCAGGCGAUGUCAGAGCUGCAGAAAGCCGUAUCGGACGCGGAGCGCAAAGCGCACGAGCUCAUCACCACGGAGCGCGCCAAGAUGGAGCGGGCCCUGGCCGAGGCCAAGCGGCAGGCCUCCGAGGACGCGCUGACGGUGGUCAACCAGCAGGAGGACUCCAGCGAGAGCUGCUGGAACUGUGGGCGGAAGGCCAGCGAGACGUGCAGCGGCUGCAACGCGGCGCGCUACUGCGGGUCCUUCUGCCAGCACCGGGACUGGGAGAAGCACCACCAUGUGUGCGGCCAGAGCCUGCAGGGCCCUGCGGCCGUGGUGGCCGACCCAGUGCCCAGACCUCCCGACACCACCAACGGCCUGGGCCCCUCCCUGCCCGUGGGUGCUGCCAGCCCCAGCGAAGCCGGCUCUGCGGGGCCUUCUCGCCCCGGCUCCCCCAGCCUGCCUGGCCCGCUGGACGCCGUGCCCCGCUGACCCGACUGGCCCCUGACCUACUGGACACAGUACCCUGCCGACCCCACCCAGCUCUGGGCCCUCCGGAUGCCCGAUGCCCGGCCCGCCAGACGCUGCGCCCUGCCCGGCCCCGGGGAGCCGACCAAUUAGAGUCAGUGCUGCUACUGCCCCUCUCCAAAAGGAGACGCGGAACCAACAGAACCGCAUCCAGUGCCCCUGCCUCAGCUGCCUGAUGAUUCCACGCACAGACCUCCUGGCGGCCUCUCUCCUCAAGCGUCCUCAGAAGCCUCGACUGAGCUUUAGAUGGCAGAGCGAUGCCACAGGGGCGUUGGCUCUGCCCGCUUGUCUCUUUCUCCGUCCCCCCCACCAUCUCCUCUCUCCUCUCCCCUCUGUGACUAUCACACACUUUCUCUUCAAUGACAAAUUCUAAUUGGUGGCUUACAUUUUCAGCAAAGAAUUUUGGGGGGUUUUAUUUGUUGGCAAAAGAGCUACUCAGAAAUGGACAAAGCGAACUGUGGGGGUUCUCCCUGUCCUGAUGGAAAAGGGAGAAAGAAAACUGUGAUUUUACAGCCGGAGAUCUGCGGCCAGCCGGUCCCCUCCCCCAGGGGCCUGAGGCAGACCCCGGAAGACGGAAGGAAGGAUUUCAGUUUCUGACUCAAGAAGGAUUAUUGGUUUCAGAUUUUUUUUCCUGUAAUGUUAAACUCUUUGGCUUUAAGUAAAAAUCCAAAAAGUUUUUUAUAAAAGCAAAGGAAGCAUACUUGUGAACUACCUUGCUAGCUAGCCAGCCAAGGAUACCGGACACACCUCUGCUCCAAAGGAAAUCCAAAAACGCAAACACGAGACAUCAAAAUCCAAAAUCUGUUUGUCACUGCCAAAGUAUUUCUCCCACAGUUUUCCUUGCUCUUGGGUUUGUUUGGAUGUGGGUCUUUUCUCUGUUUUGGUUUUGUUUGUGGGGUGUUGGGGUAUCGGGAUGUGGAGGGUUUGCGCCCAGUGAGAAGUGACGUCUGUUUCCUUCCGCGUGGGCACUGGUGCGUCCGCCGCGGGUGCGAUCCGUGUGUGGGCGCCGUGGCCUGUGUCUCGGGCGUGUUGGGAAGGACACGCCGUGUGUCCUCACGUCUCCUGUGGCUUUUCAUAUUUCUUUUCUCCACUUGUGAAAAAAAAGUGCUAACAUUUUCUUCCCAGAGGGCAUAAUUCCGAAACAAAACUGAGACAGUCUUUGGGUUGUUGACUGCUCUUCCGGCGUGUGGAGACAGCAGGGCCCCCGGGGUCGCCUCUCCUCGGCCAGCCCUUCCUCCUCGGCCUCCGCCAUCUCCCAGCCCCGUCGCCCAACCCAUGUCUCUCUGCAGCUACUCCCCUUUCUUCCAAACUUUUGCAGAAAAACAACAAAAAAAACUACAAACAGAAGCAGCCCUCCGCCUCCUCCCAGGGAAGACCCUGACUGUGACACAGCCCUGGUGCCCCUGCCAGCCGCCCUCAGAUGCGUUCGCCUCGGCCCUGGGGUGCGUCUCGGUGACGUUUCUGUCGGACUCUCUCCCUCCCACGCGCCAGCCCUGCCCACCCUCCUGCCCCUCCUCUCAACUCCCUCAGUGAUUUCAAGGAGGAAAUAAAGGGAUGAGGAAAUGCACACUUGUACCGAGUACAAGGACAGACAGCGGGCACGGCCCCGGCCUGGCUCUCUGCGCUCGGCUCUCAGAACUCAGUGCAAUACGGGAGCGACCCAGCUACUGAACGGGCGCGAAUGGCCCGAGAGAGGCCCGAAGCCCAGGGUGCACGUUAAUGUGAAUGUAUAUAGUCUUUGCAGAGGUCCAAAUGAUAUUCAUGAUGAUAAUAAAGAAGAGAUGUUUGCCAAAUAAAGAGAAACUGUGGGAGUUUGCAA